CAAGAAUUCGCUGACUAGCACAAUUUCUUGAAUUACAACUCGUUUCGCGAGUUUAUGGUUCUCUCUUUUCCCUUUUUUUUUCAACGCCGUGAGUUUGUUUUGUUUUCAAUCAUGUGAUUUGAGUUUUGAGUGCGAAAUGAAAAUAAAAAACGUUUGCGAAAAUUGAGUGAAAAAAUCAAUGCGACGGCUUCCAAUUGGAGUCGCGCGCCAAUUGGAGUUUCGUCCACAAGUGGUCGCAGUGGUGUGCCAAUUGGAACGUCCGUUCCAGCGCCUGGAAGUCGCUCGCCUCCGCUUUCCAUUGUGUAAUGAUUACGAAACGCCGGCAUUUGUGCACUUUUCAUUGGCAUUUCUGCUCGCCGCGCCUUGUUUACAAUCAAAAAAAUAACAUAUUUUGGAGUUAUUAGCCGCUGCAUGGGCGAAUCUAGCAUUACAUAAGGCAAAAUAUUUUUGCCAUCUCGCUACAAAAUAUAUAUCCAAUUUGCACAGCACUUGGAAUCCUUACCAGACGCAAACUUCCAAUGGCGGCCCAGGGUUUCGUCAUUUGUUGAACGCCGCGAAGCGUGGAGCGUUGCAAUAAUGCAGACCGUUGCGGCACUGUAUCCUAUCGUUUGUGUGCCAUCCGCAGGCGAACAGCUGUUUUUUCGGGAAUCGUAACUUCAGAGGAACUUUUUUUUAGUGGAAACAAGCCUGCAAUGUCGGCGUUUGUGAAAACCGUGUGCUUGGCCCAAAAGCUGUGCGCCGCCAAUCCCGUCGUGGCUCGCCAGGCGAUCCGCAGCAUGGCUGGCUGGAAUAAGGACUACAAGCCGGGUCCGUAUCCACAGACGGAGAAGGAGCGCCUGGCGGCGGCCAAGAAGUACUAUCUGUUGCCGGAGGAGUACAAACCGUAUGCGGACGAUGGUCUGGGCUACGGAGAUUAUCCCAAAUUGGGCUACGGUCUGGGUGUGGAGGCCAAGGACUCGUACUAUCCCUGGGACUAUCCGGAGCACAAGCGCAACCAACACGAGCCCAUCUCGGCGGAUCAUGAUCUGUACAGCGAGGAUCGCUGGUCGCAGGCCGAACCGCCACGCUACAGCAAUGCGUACUACUUUGCCUGCUUCCUGGGCGUGAUGUCCGGCUGCCUGGCACUCUACUACUGGCUGGAUGACAAGAAGAUGUACCGCCCCGUGGCCGCCAAGCAAUAUCCCAGCCCUGGCGUCAAGCACUACACCUUCGAGAAGUAGGAUUGUAUCUAUCACGCUCUCGAUCGCACUGCGCGCCUCGUUUUUAUUUCAUAGGCAAUUAAUCAACGCAUCUAUACAAUUAAAAUGAAUGGAAACCAAGC